CUUCAGCAACCGCGCUCAGGCACACAUCAAACUCGAGGCAUAUGGCUUUGCGAUCGCGGAUGCUACGAAAGCGCUAGAACUUGAUCCGGGCUACAUCAAGGUUUGUCGGCUUCACUGGAGGGGUGGCAGCAGGAGCAGCGUGUGCAAUCUAACGCCGAUCUAGGCAUACUGGAGGCGAGCCCUCGCAAACUCCGCGAUCCUCCACUACCGCGAAGCCGUUAAGGAUUUCAAGGCCGUCGUGAAGCGCGAACCCGCCAACCGUGAUGCGAAGCUCAAGUUGGCCGAAUGCGAAAAGCUAGUAAGACGGCUGGAGUUUGAGAAGGCCAUUGAGGUUUCGGAACCCCCAUCUGCGUUCGAAAGUUUGGAUAUCGAUGCGAUUCCCGUCGAUGCCGCUUACGAUGGCGUGCGACUGGAGAAUGAGAUGACCCAGGAGUUUAUCGACGAUAUGAUUGAACGAUUCAAGAACGGCAAGAAGAUUCACCGGAAAUACGCCUUCCAGAUUGUCAAGGCCGUCAAGGAUCUGGUCUAUGCAGAGCCAACGAUGGUGGAGAUUGGAGUGGAUCAGGGUACUCGGUUGACUGUUUGUGGUGAUACUCAUGGACAAUUCUUCGAUCUGCUGGAAAUCUUCCGACUGAACGGCUUCCCGACGGAGAAACACGCUUACCUCUUUAACGGUGACUUUGUGGAUCGUGGCUCGUGGUCUACUGAAAUCGCGCUGCUUCUCUACGCGUACAAGUGGCUGCGGCCGAACGGCCUCUUCCUGAACCGGGGAAAUCACGAAACGGAUGACAUGAACAAGGUUUACGGAUUCGAGGGGGAGUGCAAGGCCAAGUACAACGAAACAAUGUUCAAGGUCUUCUCCGAGUCGUUCUCCGCCUUACCACUGGCUACCUUGAUUGGCAGCAAGUAUCUUGUUCUGCAUGGUGGUCUGUUCUCUGACGACAAGACGUCGCUGGAUGAUAUUCGAAAGUUGAACCGCCACAACCAGCGACAACCCGGGCAGGCAGGAUUGAUGAUGGAGAUGCUCUGGACGGAUCCUCAGACGCAACCCGGUCGUGGACCUAGCAAGCGGGGCGUGGGUAUUCAAUUCGGUCCAGAUGUCACCAAACGCUUCUGCGAGAAUAACGGAUUGGAGGCAAUUAUCCGCUCGCACGAGGUGCGCAUGGGGGGCUAUGAGGUCGAGCAUGAUGGACGGUGCAUUACCGUGUUCUCGGCUCCCAGGUACUGCGAUGCAACGGAGAACAAGGGUGCUUUCAUCAACAUUGGACCCGAGCUCAAGCUGCAAUACCAGGUCUUUGAGGCAGUGCCUCAUCCCGACAUUAAACCAAUGGUAAGAAUCCCAAUGAACCUGGCGGGUUUGCAAUCGAUUGCUAAAUUCUUUCCCAGGCUUAUGCCCAGAAUUCCCUCAUGUCUAUGAU